AUGCAAAUCGUUCGCGGUUUACUUUUGACGAUUGCUUGUUUGAUUGUGGUUGCUACUUGUCGUCGAUCUGAGGAAACGGUAAAGAGCCAAGAUGGUCGGCCAAAAGUAACCAAAGAGGAUACUACCGUAUCCUUCGGUGUUUUGGAUCGUCAAAUUGAUGCUGAUCUUUCCUGCAGCGGAACUUUUGAAAUCAGCCCCAACUCUUCGGGAUUUUUACUGUAUCCUGGAUGGAUUGACGACCCACCAAGCAUCGUUUUGACCUCGGAACUCACUCAAAGAGGUGAUGUGAGGAUGAAAAUCGACUCGAGAGACACCGAUUUUUGGGUUCUUUAUGUGACGGACACACUCAACAAAGACGGGAGUUUGAUGGCGACCGGAUAUCAUUGGUUCUCGUUGCCCAGAAAUGAACAAGAUGGGUGCGAGUACGAGUUUUACAGUGGAUCGAUUCCUGUGCCCAACGAAAGAUCGACCGACUCGAAGCUGUUUUUACUGAAAACAAAGUGGGAAUUCCUUGCACACAAA